CUUCGCAACUAGAUAACUCCACCCUGUGACUUUCGGGCCAACAACUCACGCAAAAUUAGCUUGUGCAUUCAGAGGCUUUGCUUCAUCCUCUGUUGAAAGCUAGAGUGAAAUAGUCAGCAUGGACUUUAGUUUAGGUAAAAUGUCUGGCAUGCAAAUGUCGGGAAGUUUAAGAUCAUCCAGAUCUGGGGGCAGUGGAAGCUUCUCAUCCAUGAGCUCUAUGCCAUACCUAGGAAGAGGUGCGGGGUCAGGGUCUUUGGGUGGGUUUUCUAGAUCUGCCUUUAGUUCUGGUAGCUUUAGUGGAGGAGGACUUGGUGGAGCAGGAUUUAUUGGAGCAGGAUUUGGUAGAGCAGGAUUUGCUUCAUCAAGCUCUAGUGGAAGCUCUUCCUUAAGCAGUAUGUCAGGAGGCAUUAGCAAUGAGAAAGAGACCAUGAUUAGCCUGAACAACAGGCUGUCCACUUAUCUGGAGCAGGUGAAGAGCCUGGAGAAAGCAAACACAGAGCUGGAACUGCAGCUUAAAGAGUUCCAAGUGGGCUCAGCUUUGAAAACCAUCGACUAUUCUGCCUAUGAUGAAAUAAUCAAGCCCCUGAGAGAACAGAUUUUGCAGAUUCACCUCGGAAAUGCACGGCUGGCUCUGGACCUUGACAAUGCAACUCUGGCGGCAAGAGACUUCCAAACCAAGUUUGAAAAUGAGUUCAACACCAGACAGUCUGUGGAAGCUGACAUUGCUGAUCUCAAAGCAAUGAAGGAUGAAUAUAUUUGCAAUUUUAAGGACUUGGAAAAUGACCUAACUAGCGCCCAGGAUGAGCUGGUGUAUUUGAAGAAGGAUCAUGAGGAGCAACUGGUCGAGUUGAAAAAGCAUAUUACUGGGACUAUUAGUGUGAACGUGGAGGCUGCUUCUUCUCUUGACCUGAACAAGGCACUGGAGGAAAUGCGACUAAAUUAUGAAGCCAUGUGCAAGAAGAACAAAGAGAAUCUGGACAACUGGUAUGCUACUGAGAUCGAAUCGCAAACAGCUCUGAAGGUUCAAGUGAAUGAGGCAGCAGAAGGCGUAAAAGUGCAGCUGAAGGAACUACGCCAACAGUGUCAAACUCUUCAGGCUGAGUAUGACUCUCUGUUAAGUGCGAACCUCUCUUUAGAAGACAGCAUUGCAGAAAUUAAUGAAUCAUAUGCCAAUCAACUGAAUGGUUUGAGGAUGAGCAUUUCUAAUCUUCAAAUGGAGUUAACCAAUAUGAGGAAUGAUAUUGUUAAUAAAUCGAAAGAAUAUGAACGGCUGAUCAACAUAAAGAUGCAACUUGAGAAGGAAAUUGAAACCUACAGAUCUCUCCUUCAAGGCAGCAGUGGCAGCAUUAAUAUUAGUGGUGGACAAGAGACAUCCGGAGUAACUACAACCAUAACAACGACUGAAACAAUAAAACGAACAUACUAGCAACUCUCCAAAACACGUAUUGCAACGUUGGUAUGAGCUUGGUGAAACAUUCUGCUUCCAUUGGGACAAAAGGCUGUGUUAUUCCUCUAUGUUGCAGUUUCUUCAAACCUUAUGUACUCACUGACUUCUUCUGAUAUGCGAUGGCCUGUAUUUCCCUUUUUAUUUUGGUUGGUAGCUUAUAUUCAUUGUCAUAGCUCUCGCUCAACAAUGGACAAUUGCUUGUGAUGGAGGUGAUGGGGGUGUCCGGGCAAUAAACUCAGAAAACAUUUA